CCUUCUACAAAGAGCAAGCCGCACGAUUUUCCCGCCGGGCCCUCGGUUGCUAGGCGGCGCCGGCAAGCGGGAAGGAUGGCGGCGACGGCGGUUGCGGCCAGGACUGAGGCUGUCUCGCCGGCUGGAGGGGGUUUGGUAGUCAACUGGUCAGGUCAAGGAUUGCAAAAACUGGGUCCAACCUUACCCUGUGAUGCUGAUACUCACACUCUGAUUCUGGACAAAAACCAGAUAAUUAAAUUGGAACACUUGGAGAAAUGCAGGAAUCUGAUGCAGCUCUCUGUAGCCAACAAUCGUUUGGUGCGAAUGAUGGGUGUAGCGAAACUGACUAAGCUCCGGGUACUAAACUUGCCUCAUAAUAGUAUUGGGUAUGUGGAAGGGCUGAAGGAUUUGGUGCACCUGGAAUGGCUGAAUUUGGCAGGAAAUAACCUUAAGGCCAUUGAACAAAUCAAUUCCUGUCUGUCUCUUCAGCAUCUUGAUUUGUCAGACAAUAACAUAGCUCAAUUAGGUGAUCUUUCCAAGCUUACAUCGUUGAAGACUCUGUUGCUACAUGGAAAUAUUAUAACUUCGCUUCGCACUGCCCCUGUUUGCCUACCUCAGAAUCUGACUGUUUUUUCUUUGGCAGAAAAUGAAAUCAGAGACUUAAAUGAGGUUUCUUUCCUGGCCUCUCUUCGUCAAUUGGAACAGUUGUCAAUUAUGAACAAUCCUUGUGUGAUGGCCACACCAUCUAUCCCUGGCUUUGACUACAGGCCAUAUAUUGUCAGCUGGUGUCUGAACCUUAAAGUUCUUGAUGGAUAUGUGAUUUCUCAGAAGGAAAGUUUGAAAGCAGAAUGGCUCUACAGUCAAGGUAAAGGAAGAUCAUAUCGACCUGGGCAGCACGUUCAGCUAGUCCAGUACUUGGCUACUGUUUGUCCUCUUAUAUCUACAUACGGUCUCCAGACUGAAGAGGAUGCCAAACUGGAAAAAAUACUGAGUAAGCAAAGGCUUCACCAGAGGCAGUUGAUGCAUCAGAACCAAAAUGAAGGAGAACCUACAUCGUCUACUCCCAACAAAACACUGCCAGUUACUUAUGAACACACCAGUCCAGCCCAGCCACCACAGAUAGUUCUUGAAAGUGAGCCUAUCAUCCAGAAGAAUUCUUGGGUUGGACCAAGUGCAAACGAUGAUCAUUCCUAUGCAGUAAAGAACACUUUUCUUCUUGAAAGAAGUCUUCGUAAGGAGCUUUACCUUGAAGAUACACAGACAGAUGAAGACAAAUUAAACAGCAGCCUUUUAUCCUCAGAGUCUACUUUCAUGCCAGUUGCUUCAGGAUUGUCUCCAGUGUCUCCUACUUCAGACCUGAAGCUACAUGGAAUCAAUUUGGGCCUAGAAGAUGAUGAUAAUGAUAAUGAUACAGUGAUUGAAUGUGUGAGAGAUGUUAAUAGUGGAGAAACAGCUAAUAAGGAAGAAGCUUCAUGUAUUACAAUAGAGCACUCCAACAGAACAAUGGGAAGUGUGGAAACUCGAGAAAAUAUCAAAGAGGGUAUGCUGUUGCCACCUUCUGAUCCGGUAAAAGCCAGCCUGACUGCUAAUGCUAGCAACUGUUCAGCAUCCUCUGAUGACCAAGUUCUGCACAAUCACCCCAGCACCUCAGUAGGUGCUGGAUCGGGUGUUACAACACUUUGUCCUGACCAGAUGGCAGGAGAAAGUACUGAUUCAUUAGCUGUUGUUGAUCAAGGUGCAGCUGAACUACAAAGAAUGACUAAAGCAGCUACCAAGCUUCAAGCCUGUUGGAGAGGAUUUUACACGAGGAACCACCAUCCCCGAGCCAAGGAAGUGCGGUAUGAAAUUCGACUAAACAGAAUGCAGGAGCACAUCAUUUGCUUAACUGAUGAAAUAGAAAAACUAAGAAAAGAAAGAGAGGAAGAUAAGAUUCAGAGGCUUGUACAGGAGGAAGCAGUCAGAUUUCUUUGGAACCAGGUUAAAUCCCUUCAACAAUGGCAGCUUUCAGUGACACAAAAUUUAAGUGCCACUUUGCAACCUGGAAUCCCUUCAGCCAGUACUUUCUGUCCAUCCGAACCAUCUAUUCGAUCAUCCACACUUGAGCAAGAAACCCCACCAGAUGUUAGUUCUGCUUGGUUAGUUCCAGCUAGUGAUGUUCUUCAGGAAAAGUCUUUGUUGCAGUUCCCAGAUUCUGGUUUUCAUUCUUCCAUGGCUGAUCAGACUCAUGCCAGUGACUUGUGUAGCUCUGAAAAAAGUUUAACAGAAGGAACUGAGAGCUCUCUUUCAGUGGAAACUGUCAAACAAUGCGGCAACUCUGUUUCAGCGUAUUCCUCAGAUGUAGAGGAUAGCUUUGGGGAAUGUGGUCAAAGUAAAGAUAGCUCUGGUAACGAGCAGGACAACAGACUAAUACAAGAGUAUUUGAAAUCCGUUCAGCAGCUGGAAGAGGCUGAUGAGGGGACAAAUUGCAAUGAUGAAACAGAGGGUAGCUGGCCACAAAUCGCUGUUUCAGCAGAAGGCCAAGAUUCUUCAUCUGACACUGUCUCUGUAGAUCUCCCUCAAGAUACCUCUUCCCCUGCCCGAGGUGAAAUCAGUCAGACAUCAGAAAGCUGCAAACUGAAUUCGGGAAUAGUAGAAGGGAAGCAAACAGACUGUGAUUCUUCAUUUCAGAUGCUGCAUGUUGGGAUAGCUGUAUAGUAGGCUCAGUUUCACAAAGGACUAGGGAUUACAUUUCAUUUUCCUUUCUCUUUCUUUUUCCCAUUUAUGCAAAACUUAUUCUUCAUAUCUGCUGUUUCAGAUUUUGACUCAUGUUACCAAUUUGUUUUAUUGAUGUUGCUGAGGACUCACACUAAAUAUGCUACCCUGAAAUCCGCAAAGUUCUCAGUGACAGUCAUUAUGCACUUUAUUUUCAAACAUAAACCUGAUAUCUUAAUAACUGGCUUCCAUUGAAUUAAUUCUGAAGAUUAGGGGUGUUGGGGGGGGGGAGUGUGUUUGCUGUAAAUUCACUUCGGUGAAUGUGUUAGCAAGUCUUUAAAUUUUUUUCUAAAAAUCAGGAUUGAGUUCUUAAUGUUGCAAAGAGAAGGAAACAAUAUAGGAAGAAACGGAGUGAACAUAGGCAGCAUGUGCACAUAUGGAUAUAGUCUGAUGAGAAGGAUGAAAGCGGUUGCCUUUCAGACUUCUUUUUGACUUUAACAAGAGUUAUUCAGUCAGGGUUUCAAAGAUGCAUUCCAUGAAACCAGUGCCCAAGUCAGUAACAACUUCUUAUCAUUUACCUGAAGCUGCUGGCUAGGAAUUAGGCCAUUUGCAUAUGCACUGAAACAAGGACUUACAGGAGUCAGACCUUAGGGAGCUUCAAACUAACUUUGACCUUUGUUUGCCCUGGGUUUGAACUUUCCUGCUUUCUCAGGUAAGACUCAAAGUGGAACCAGUUGCAGCCUUUACUAAAUAAGAAUUUCAAAAGAGCAUGUGAUUUGGGAACAUAGUUUCCAAGACUGCACUGCUGGGUUACAACAGCAGACUUGGUGACAUACCUUUUGCCUCCACAACGAUGUUAAUGCCAUUUGGGGAUUUGGAUCUGCAUGGCUUUCAAGACAUUAGUGUGUUUGAUGGAUCACAACAACUUCUACCUACAGGUAUAAAUAUUAAAAGUAAAUGUCAUGACUUAAAACUACUUCUUGACAUCUCUGUUGGGUUUGUUUUUUUUUUUUUCUCUGUCCAGUAUUUGACAGUCUAAUUAGUUGCGGAUAAAAAGCUGUAUUUCUUCCCUGUUGGCAAAUGUACUUAGGUUAUGCUUUCCACUUAAACACUGGGCAAGUAAUGGGGUUUGUAUUUUGCCUAGCCAUUGCUAUGGGGUUUUUUUUUUUAAUGGAAAAAGAUCAGGUAUCUUAGUACACCGCAAAAGUGGCAAGGGAAAUCGGUUUUGCCAUGUGAUUUGGAAUGGACGCUAGUAAAAUAAAAGUUGACGUUGUGACUCCUGGGGGUCAGUUAAGUUUGCUAAUACCGCAUUUUGCAACAUGCACUGGAACAACGUGCACAGUGUUUCUAUAGUUGCUAAUAUUAACUUCUCAGAUAGGAAGACACUUGCAUAUUAUAAUUCUCUGAAUCCACAGAUUAACUUCUGGUGCUAUGGUGUGAUUGAAAUCAAAUAGUGCUGUUUUAAAAUGACUCGUAUGUUACCAUGUAAAAUAAUUUAAUUUUUGUAAAAGCUUUGGUUGCUUGUCUACUUUAGGUUCUGAGCUGAAAUUUAUCACUACUUAAGAGUUUUUGGCUUGAGGCCUGAAAACAUCCUUUCUUUAGAACGUAAAUGGGGUAUUGGACUUGUACCAGCCAUCUGCUUGCUGGUGAAGUUCACCUUGGAAGAAUAAAGCUUACCUCUGCGUAUAGAGUAGCCAUCAUCUCUUUUUCCCCACCUCCAAAAAAAAAAAGUUCUAGGGCACUAACUACUCAAAAGAGCUGUCAUUGCAGUCAAGCUGACAUUUGACUGUGCCUUUCAUACAUAAGAGCAUUUAAAAAAAACCCCAACAGCUGAGGUGGUAGAUUCUUAAUGUGCUAUCUUUCUAACUCAGUCUAGUUACAGCACGUUUGUAGCAUAACCAUAGUCAUAAUUGGAGCAUGAGUGUGCUUGGUAUUGAAAGCGGCACACGUGCAUUGAUGUGUCACAACAUCUAAUUACUGUGCAAAGAAGUGUGUGGGCUACAUGAUCAUACCCUUGUCCUUUGAAGGUUCUCAACUUGUAUUUAAAUCUGCCAUGCUUGGGGAUCUCCGCAGUUCAUGGGAUUUGGCUCUUUGACUGUCAAUCCAUCAUUAAAAAGAUCUCGUGUAAGCCUUUAAAGAGAGUUUCUUUGGGUUUUGAGAGAGAAAUUAUUUGUCUGUGAAACAGUUGUUGAACCGUACAUUGUGGAGGCAGUGGUUAGGUGUAAUAAAACAGUAAGUUCUCUUUCAUGGCAGAGUGCUGUAUUAGCGUAUGCAAGACCUGGGAGAAACUAGACCACUGUCUGGUUAAAAAUGUUUCACUUACUGAAGACACUGAAGGACCAUAUAUAUUUUGCUGUUUUGUAUUAUUGUCACUUUUGCUGCAGAAUUAGAAAGAGGAGAAAGAACUCUAAUUUUGGAGGUGUCAAAGGGCAAAAACUUGGUGAAACAAUUUUUCAUGGAAGCCCUAGAUGUUUCUUGACGUUUCUUCUGUUAUUAGGGCUUGCAAACACAAAUACAAGAAGACUUAUUUUAACUAAUACCUACGUCAACUGUUGGCUUUUUUAACUUGUAACCUGUGUAUCCAAAAUUGAUUUUUAUGAAGGUACAGCAAAGUGUGUACCAACAUAUAAUGAGCUUUAUCAUGUUGGGGAAGCUGUGAAAUAUGAAAGACUUUUAUUCUGAUGCUCUGAAAAGUAUCUUGCAUGUGUAGAAGGUGAGUUGUCUAAAUAUACAGAAAUUGCAAAGUGAUGAAGUUUUUGAUUAGUUUUUACAAGGUUAGAUGUAAUUAGUUUGUAUAUACACAAAAUAUUUUCAUCCUGACCAUUAAAAUACAGGGAAAGACAUAAUGGGGGAUAGAGUGGAAAAAUAUGGAAUCAAACUGGAUGUAUACUUAAAAAUGGCUUCUUUCAGUCUGUUUUGAGCUCUCAAAGAAUCAUGAUAUGGAAAUACCAUAGUUUAAUGUAUGGCGUAACAUUUACUCUUAAUUGUCUGUGUAAAUUUUCUUAAUCUAGGUAUGUAUUAUUCUUUUACCUGGAGAGGGAUGCACAGCUCCCUUUGGAGAUCAUGUAAAUUUCAUAAAGGAAUUGGAAGGCCUAAUAUAUGAAAAUCCAUGUCUGAAACUUUCCUGUAUUAAUAUUGUAUGUCUUUUGGCAUUUUCCUUUUGCAAGGCUUCAUAUUCAACAAAAGAAUGUACUUUGUAGAAGGAAAGUUUGUCCAUUAUGCUUUGUCCUGGACUGGUCCUCCAGUGCUGAUGGAAGAGAUUAGUAAUGGUUAUUUGUCAGGCAGUGUUGUCAGCUCUCCUGUGAGUACAGUUUAAGCGCUUCUUUAAUUUUCUUUAGAAAAAAAUCAGCUAAAUAUAGCUCAGACUAACAAUUUAAUCUGUGCCACAUGAGUAGUUUUGCCCCAGAUGAGGUGGUUGGCACAUGCAAACCUCUUCCUAUUGCAGGAAUUACUAUUUUGCUUGCUUUUCUGAAGGUAGGGACAAGGAGGAAGGUGGAAAUGCAUUUGUCCGUGUUUUCAGGUUCAGUCUGUGAUGGUAACGCCAAUGCUUUUAUGAUUGUUGUUUCAUUUUUCUCCCAAUUAUUUGUAUGGCUUACAAAUUUCAAUCUUUCAUGUAAUCAAGAACACAAUUUUUCUACUGUAUAUAAUAUUUGAUAGACACUGCUCCAGAUGGUAUUUGGAAAGGGAGAAGAAUAUUAUGAAAGCAGGCCUGUUCACGUUUUAUAUUUCAAGUUUUUUAAAGGUAUUUGGAUUGUAUCGAUUCCUCUCUGUUAGAAAACUUCUUUAAAAAAGGAAAAAGCAAGGCAAUGCCUCAUUUGUGACAGUAAGUAAAUUUCUGUUUCUGCUUUUUUCCAUGAACUGAGCUUAAUGGUCACAAGUCUGUUCUCAGUACCUAAAACUGCCAUUUAAAGGAAUGGGAGAUUUAGCUGCUGAAUGAAUGCAGCGACUCGGAUGUCUCUCUCUUUUGUGGCGACUAUUCCUGUGUGGUGCUAUUUUGUAAACAAGCAUGUGUGGCAAGGAUGGAAUUUUUAAAAGGUACUGAAGGUUGGCCUAACUCUGCUUUCAUUUCCUUAAAAGAAGCAGGGUCGUGCUUAAGUUGAGUCCUUAUGAACUGGCUGACUAAAUUGGGAUUUUAUCAUAUUUAUAAUUCCAGAAGUGUUCUUAGACCACAAAGCAAGAAGGCAUUAAGACUGCAAAUUUUAUUUUGUUGCUUCUAAAACACAAAUAUCUUUCAGCAAAUAUGUGAGAAAGUCCUUGUUAAACUAAAUUGCAGAAGCCUAACAGUUUGUAUAUAGUUAAGUACCGUAAACAACCAUAGAUUCUACUAUUGCAUGCAUCAGUUUAAAUAACGCACUUAGCAGCUAGUCUGUAUAUAAAAAACAAGUUUGGGAUUUUUCUGAACAAUGUUUGUAUGUCAUUGAGCUUGCAAAUUGUUCCUGUUUUUUAUGAAUUUGUAUAUAUUGUCUGAAGAACUCCAAUCUUAAUUUCUAUUUGUAGCACUUGUUUGAUGAACAAAAAUGGAAGAUACAUUCCUUUGAGACUACCUGGGUAAUUUUUACCAGACUUGAAGUUACAGUGUGUCACACAGAUACACUUUUUCCUGAGAGGACUGAAUUGUAGCUUUAGUGGAGGCUGACAGAAUGACAAUAAAAUGUGAAAACUGGCCCAUUCCCCUGCUUUUAGCUAGUGGAAAAAAGACCGUUUUUCCCUAUUGUAUUAACUUCUUUGUUUUUCUUCUUUUUUUUUUUUUUUUCCCCUCUUGAGGACUGUGCCACCCAAAUAAGUAAGCAUCAAGUAUUCAUGAAGUCUUUCAAAAGUCUUUUUUCAUAUUUACAGGGGUUUUUUUUCCCAGUUUGGCUUUCUAGGACAAGCUACUGAAAAACACUUGCUUUCUUAUAAGCCUGCCAAAAAGCUGGGACUUUCUAUCUAUUUUCAAUGCUUUCUCUAUGUCAGUAACGCAAAAAGCACAGGAUCCUUCACUUGCAAAAGCAUAAACCAGUAUUUAUCAGGAAAGGUGCUUUAUCUCUUAGAAGGUGCCAUGCCAAAUUUUGUCGUAUAAGAGCUCUGAGUAAGAAACUUCUUUUCUGGCUUCAUUACAUUUAUAAGUAUAUGGGCCAAAUUCACUUGUAGCAUAAUUCUACUGAACUAAGUUUUGUUGUGUCUUUCACAGUAGUAUUCUACCUCUAAACUGGAAUCUGAAAAAAAUAACAAUUAGGCGUUGAUUUGUCUUUCUGCUUCUCACUAUUUUCUGUGAAGAAUGGUGGGUGGUUAAAUUGGUACAGUUCAUAUAUUUUCUAUAAGUGUUUACAUUUCUGGAUUUAUUGUUUCUUAAAUAUUUUGUUUGUACCUCUGAGUUUUGAAUUUUAAAUAAAUGAU